UUGCUCCUCUUACGAUUUUCUCUCACAAGUUCACCAGCAACAGUGCUUGCAACAUCCAGUAUUAUAGUUAAACUCUCUCUCUCUCUGAUCCAAAAACAUAUAACUGUUAUAAACCCAAAAAAAAAAACAGUGUUGUGAUGUGUUUCAAGUGUGUGUAGUGUUUAAAAAAAAAAAAUAAUUUGGUGCAAGUGAAACUGUUUUUUUUUUUAACCCCCUUGGAAGUCCAAAGAGGACGUUCCAGAAAUUUGUUUUUUUUUUAAGUACAUAAACAUUUAGCCAAAAUGCUUACCUAUAAUUCAUUGGCAAUGUAUCGUCAACAACAACAACAACAAACAUUGUCACAAGUGCAACAUUCAACACAUAAUGGACAACAGCAUGGUGGUCCAGAUGAUGCUGUACAACAAUAUUGGUAUGGUUAUCCACAUGGACAUCAUCAAAGUGCUGGUAGUGGACCACAACAAUAUUUAAAUCCAUCCGAUGUAUUGACAUGGCCACAUACACAUCAUUAUUCACAUUUACAAUAUCAACAUCAUCAUCAUCAUCAUCAUCAAAGUUAUCAACAACAUCAACAACAACAAUUAAAUGGUAUUAAUAAUGAUUGGAGUGGUGAUGAGGGUAAUGGAUCGUCGGCCGUCGGUGUACCAAGUGAACCAAGUCCACCGAUAACAAUUAGCGGAAGUGAAAUUAGCAGUCCUGGUACACCAGCGACGCCACCAAUUAAUAAUAAUAGUGUUACGGCUAUUAAUAAUAAUAAUAAUAAUGGAUCGAGCACACCAGUAAGACCAGGACAAAUACGCAGUCCUUAUGAAUGGAUGAAGAAGCCUUCCUAUCAAACGCAACCCAAUCCUGCGUGCGAACUCAGUGCCUCAACUUCUGUCUCGUCACUUCAUGACCUCUGCGCCAUUGAUGCUCUCGGCAAAACAAGAACAAAGGACAAAUACAGAGUAGUCUACACGGAUCAUCAAAGACUGGAACUUGAAAAGGAAUUUCAUUACAGUCGUUACAUCACGAUUCGUCGUAAAGCGGAACUCGCAGCCAAUCUUGCCCUCUCUGAACGACAGGUGAAAAUAUGGUUUCAAAAUCGAAGGGCAAAAGAGCGUAAACAAUCAAAGAAACGUGAGGAAUUGGAACAAAAGGAUAUUAAGCCAACAACGGAACAACUUGCCGGAAGUAUGGCAAGUCUUGGAUUUGCUGGAAUGAGCAGUAUGCUUGGUAACUUUAUUCAAAAUGGUGGCUCGCCACCAUUAACCACUCAUCCAUUGGCACUCGGUACCAAUGGAUUACAACCGCAUCAUCAUGCAAAAUUAUACUCGUAAUUAUUUGCAAAAAAAAAAAAAAAAAAAAAAAAAAAAAUUCUCUUCACAAGCCUUAUUCAUUAAUAUAUCUAUACAUUUGUAACUAGAAUUUUUUUCAAGUAUAUAUAUAUAUAUAUAUAUAUAUAUAUAAACAAAAAUAUUGUAAAUAUAACAAAUA